UCGGUUGUUUUGUAUAUAAAAAGUAUCCGGGUUCUGGUUCUGGUUCUGAGUGCUGGAUCAGUCUGUCCGGUUCUGAAAGGAAGGAGGAAGAUUGGCCGGGUUUAGAGUGUCCUGUCUGUGAGAUAUCCCGAUCUGAAAAAUGGAGGAGAGAGAAAAGCGUUUAGCAGAAAGAGAAAAACACCUGGAUCAGAGAGAACUGCAUUUAAUUGAAAAGGAAAAACAUCUGGAUGAACGAGAGACUCGAUCGGAGGAGAGAUGGAAGCACCUGGAUGAAAGAGAGAUUAGUUUGGAUAAGAGAGAGAAGCAUUUAGAGGGAAGAGAAAAACACCUGGAUCAAAGACAGAACAGUGUUAUUAAGAAAGAAAAACACCUGGAUCAAAGACAGAACAGUGUUAUUAAGAAAGAAAAACACCUGGAUAAAAAACAGAGCAGUUUGAUUGAGAAGGAAAAACACCUGGAUGAACAAGAGAAUUUAUUGGCGAUUAAAGAAAAACUUGUGGACAUGAGAAAGAGGCAUGCAGAAUUGAGAGAACCGGUGUCUCAGGUGGAAAAGCUGAAAGAGCAGGAACUGGAAAGGAAAGCAAAAGAACUGGAAAUGAUAAAAAGUUGUUCAUCAUAUAGACAUACUUAUAUUCCACCUGAAGAAAAGUUUUUUCCACCUUUUCCACCUUUAAAAUACCAAUUAAGAAGAAGAAAAAGCAUCGACAGUCCCCCAGACUUUAAAGGAGAAAAGAGAACAACACAUCCAGAACAACCUCAACCUAAAGCUGAGACUAAAACCGAACCUAGAGACAAGACUAAAACUAAACCUACAGCCAAGACUAAAACUGAACCCUCAGCCGAGACUAAAACUGACCCUACAGCUGAGACUAAAACUGAAAUUGCAGUCGAGACUAAAACUAAACCCACAGCCGAGACUAAAACUCAACCUGCAGUGAGUGAUCCCUCAUCUGAGACUAAAUCUAAACCCACAGCUGAGUCUUAAAGUGAACCCUCAGCUGAGACUAAAACUGACCGUGCAGCCGAGAAUAAAACUAAGCUUGCAGCCAUCCCUAAAAUGGACAUUAAAACUCAACUAAGAUUAAAACCGAACCAAAAACUGAACCUACAACUGAGACAAAAACUAUUCCUGCAGCUGAGACUAAAACUGAACCUGAAGCUGAGACUAAAACUGAACCUGCAGCUGAGACUAAAACUGAACCUGAAGCUGAGACUAAAACUGAACCUGCAGCUG